CCGGUGAUCCGAACUCCAUCUUUUGGCGGUGGUUGGUGACUUUGUUUAUCGUCGAAAGCUAAAUAAGUAAUACUUUCCGCUUCUUUCUGUUUUAGUUUCUCAGAGUCAGAGUUUCAGUUUUUCCUUUAGAGCCAUGGUCUUCAUUGUGCCGCCCAACCACAGAACUCUAUUUCUAGAUGUUGAUCCGAAGACGACCUCCCUCCAUGCCCUAAAGCUCUCUAUCCAGCAAACUUCCGACAUUCCCAUAUCCCACCAACGUAUAUUACUUUCACAGAGUCUCCGAUUGCUUGGUGAUAAUGAUUCCGUUCUUAUCUCCGAUCUCGGGAUUCAACCAUACUCCACUUUAACUCUUCACGUUCCCUUCUUUGGUGGCACUCAACCGCCUGCCGUUCCCAAACCUCGAUUUGAUUUCCUUAACUCCAAGCCUCCCCCUAAUUAUGUUGCUGGUCUCGGUCGUGGGGCCACGGGAUUCACCACCCGUUCGGAUAUAGGGCCUGCUCGUGCAGCGCCUGACCUACCCGAUAGGUCGGCGACUACUAUUGGUGGUGCUGCCCCUGCGGCUGGCAGGGGAGGAGGGAAGGGAGGUGAAGACGAGGAAGAUGAUGACGGGGAUGAUAAAGGGUACGAUGAGAAUCAGAAAUUUGAUGAGUUUGAAGGGAAUGAUGUGGGGUUGUUUGCUUCUGCUGAGUACGAUGAGGAUGAUAAGGAAGCGGAUGCUGUGUGGGAAGCAAUUGACAAGAGAAUGGAUUCAAGGAGGAAGGAUAGGAGAGAAGCAAGGUUGAAGCAGGAGAUUGAGAAGUAUCGGGCGUCCAACCCCAAGAUUACUGAACAGUUUGCGGAUUUGAAACGUAAAUUACAUACUAUGUCUGCAUCAGAGUGGGAUAGUAUACCCGAAAUUGGGGAUUAUUCUUUGAGGAAUAAGAAGAAGAAAUUCGAGAGUUUUGUCCCAGUGCCUGAUACACUUCUUGAGAAGGCAAGACAGGAGCAAGAACAUGUUACAGCAUUGGAUCCCAAGAGUAGGGCAGCUGGGGGUACCGAGACUCCAUGGGCUCAAACUCCAGUUACAGAUUUAACUGCAGUUGGUGAGGGUAGAGGUACUGUGUUGUCUCUGAAGUUGGAUAGACUCUCAGAUUCGGUUUCAGGGUUGACAGUUGUCGAUCCAAAGGGGUAUUUGACUGAUCUUAAGAGCAUGAAAAUAACAAGUGAUGCAGAAAUCUCGGACAUCAAGAAGGCUAGGUUGCUACUUAAGAGUGUUACACAGACAAAUCCUAAACACCCUCCGGGUUGGAUUGCUGCUGCAAGGUUGGAAGAAGUUGCUGGCAAGAUUCAGGCAGCAAGGCAGUUGAUUCAAAGAGGUUGUGAGGAGUGUCCCAAGAAUGAAGAUGUGUGGUUGGAGGCUUGUAGGCUGGCAAAUCCAGAGGAUGCCAAGGCUGUUAUAGCUAGGGGUGUAAAAUCGAUCCCUAAUUCUGUGAAGCUGUGGAUGCAAGCCGCAAAAUUAGAACAUGAUGACGUGAACAAGAGCAGGGUAUUGAGGAAGGGGUUAGAGCACAUUCCUGAUUCAGUCAGGCUUUGGAAGGCAGUUGUGGAGCUUGCUAAUGAAGAAGAUGCAAGACUUUUGCUUCACAGAGCUGUGGAAUGUUGUCCAUUGCAUGUUGAAUUGUGGCUAGCUCUUGCAAGGUUGGAAACUUAUGAUAAUGCUAGGAAGGUUCUUAAUAGGGCAAGAGAGAGGUUACCAAAGGAGCCAGCCAUAUGGAUAACAGCUGCAAAGUUAGAAGAAGCUAAUGGCAAUACUAAAAUGGUUGGUAAAAUUAUUGAAAGAGGUAUAAGGGCUUUGCAAAGGGAAGGACUGACUAUUGAUAGGGAAGCUUGGAUGAAGGAAGCUGAGGCUGCAGAACGUGCAGGAUCUGUUGCGACUUGCCAGGCUAUAAUUCAAAAUACAAUUGCAAUUGGAGUGGAAGAAGAAGAUAGGAAGAGGACAUGGGUUGCUGAUGCUGAAGAGUGCAAGAAGAGGGGCUCUAUUGAGACAGCUAGAGCUAUAUAUGCUCAUGCCCUCACUGUCUUCUUAACAAAGAAGAGCAUAUGGCUCAAGGCAGCGCAACUUGAAAAGAGUCAUGGAACUAGGGAAUCCCUUGAUGCUUUACUUCGUAAAGCGGUUACUUACAGACCACAGGCUGAAGUUCUUUGGCUUAUGGGUGCGAAAGAGAAAUGGCUUGCUGGGGAUGUGCCUGCAGCUCGUGCAAUCCUCCAAGAAGCUUAUGCUGCCAUUCCCAAUUCUGAGGAAAUAUGGUUAGCUGCUUUCAAGCUGGAGUUUGAAAAUCAUGAACCUGAGAGAGCUAGAAUGCUGUUGGCCAAAGCUCGUGAGAGAGGAGGUACAGAAAGAGUAUGGAUGAAAUCUGCAAUUGUUGAGAGAGAACUGGGAAAUAUUGAUGAGGAAAGAAGGUUGUUAGAUGAAGGACUGAAGCUUUUCCCUUCGUUCUUCAAGUUGUGGCUGAUGCUUGGUCAGCUUGAAGAACGACUUGCUCAGGAUUCUAAACAGCAUGAUAAGCAUGAGGAACAGCUUGAGCACUUGAAGGAAGCUAAGAAAGUUUUUGAGUCUGGACUGAAAAACUGUCCUAAUUGUAUUCCUCUAUGGCUCUCUCUUGCGAAACUUGAAGAGGAGAUGAAUGGAUUGAGUAAAGCUCGUGCAGUUCUAACCAUGGCCCGGAAGAAAAAUCCUCAGAACCCUGACCUCUGGCUGGCUGCUGUUAGAGCUGAAUUGAAGCAUGGGAAUAAGAAAGAGGCUGAUAUUUUGAUGGCAAAAGCACUGCAAGAGUGUUCAAACAGUGGUAUUUUGUGGGCAAUGUCAAUUGAGAUGGUUCCUCGCCCUCAGCGUAAAAGUAAGAGUAUGGAUGCCCUAAAGAAAUGUGAUCAUGAUCCUCAUGUUAUUGCUGCUGUGGCAAAGUUAUUCUGGCAUGACAGGAAGGUGGACAAAGCUAGAACUUGGCUGAACAGGGCAGUGACUUUAGCACCCGAUAUUGGGGAUUUUUGGGCAUUGUACUAUAAAUUUGAACUUCAACAUGGGACUGAGGAUAACCAGAAGGAAGUUUUGAAAAGGUGUAUUGCUGCUGAACCAAAACAUGGUGAGAAAUGGCAGGCCAUCUCAAAAGCAGUGGAGAACUCUCACCAGCCAACAGAAGCCAUUUUAAAGAAAGUUGUGGUCUUAUUUGGGAAGGAAGAGAAUGCAGCUGAGAAUGGUACCAAACAUUGAAUAGCAGGUCUAUGGAUCAAUAACGAGGAAGGCCAUUGGAGAAUCGAUGGCUAUUGGCUCAAUCAGGAUGGUGUCUGCACACGCGGUCGGCAGAUCUGCACUUGGGCUACCAAUACUUUUCCUGGUCAUAUUAAGAGAUAUAUUGUCAUGCACAAUCUUCAAUAUGACUUGCCUUUGACUGUCUCUUUAUAGUUGUUUUGGUCUACCCAGUUUUUGUAAAAUGGAGUUCGCUUAGUACUCUCUUAGAUUUGGAUCCUCUAGAGUUCUGAGAGAAAUCUAUAAGGUAAACUUAGAAACAUGUACUUAAUUGUUGAGACUUAAGUGGGAUCUGCUGAUUAUUUGAUGAGUCUCCUAUGUUUUGUCUUUCUCUCCUUGAACGUUGUAGGACCUAAAUCAGAACUCUUCUAACCCAUCGAAGCAACGAUGUGUUUCUGUUUUACUGAAAAUACCAGAGAGAAGGAGCUUCGCUUGAUGAUGUGACAUUUGUGGGACUCCUCAUGGCAUGCAUCCACGGAGGCUUGGUUGAAAAAGGAAAACAAAUCUUUAAUGCAGUGACAAAUGAUUUCUAUAUUACACCCAAACUAGAACACUAUGGUUGCAUGGUUGGUCUCCUAGGCCGCCGUGCUGGGAAAUUGAGAGAAGCUUAUGAAGCCAUACUACGUAUUUGAUUUAUCUCAGAUUUAUGCAUUACUGAUAUGGUUUUAUCUCCUUAGAAUCGUGUUCUGAUUGAUGACAUCCACUCAAUUCAAUGUUUCACUUGGGGCUGUUUCCCCUUUGUAUUGUCGGAUUUUAUUUUUCUUGGCUUUUGAGCCUAACUAGCAACCGAGCUCUGAUGGUUUUAGAGCACAGUCGUUUACUCUGGCUUUGAUUAA